GGCUGCAAGGAACAAACUUCUACAGAGUUCAGUCACUUGUGCGUCUGAAGGAGAUCUUGCCAUCAGUUUUUGGUCUAAUAGUUAUUAUGAUUUUUAUGAAUGCUAGUUUUUAUAUGAAUUAUUUGGAAUUUUCACCAUUUUUAAGUUCUUUCCUUGUUUACUUUGAAGCAUAAUUUUAGAGUAGUUGCCUUUGUUAUUGUCACAGUCUCUUUCCGUUUAUAUUUUAAAAUCUUGAUCACUCCUAAUAUCAGAAGUGUACUCGUACGAAUGAUUGAAAUAAAAUUAUAAGUGGGAUAUGGGGCAAGCCCAACUUGUGCGAAACCAGAGUGCGAGUAGCAGACUUUGAAAUCCAAAAAAGAAGAAGAAAACGAACCCCCUUUACUCUUUCACAAUCUAAUUGAAACCCUUCGUAGAAUCAGGGAUGUCGGUGUUUAUAGAAUUAGUUGAGACGUUUUGUCUUCCUACUCUAACAGAAGAAUCUUACUACGAUAAAAUCAGUGGUUUACUUGACAGAUAUCCCAAACGCGGUCGUGCCUUUCGAUCAGUUUUACCAGAAAAUGAUCCCAAAACAGCCGAUGAUUACGUAUCCAUGAAAUUUUGUACAAUAGGGAGAGUUCCUGUAUAUGGAAUCUACAACAAGAGUGACUUGCAGCUUAGUGCUGUCUGUGUCCAAGGAACCUUGUUUGCUAUUGAUGAUUGUGAUUUGGAUCCGAAUCUUGUUCCUGAUCUUCAAUUUCACAGAGUUAUUUUAGAUAUUCGACACUCUUCUUUAGCAGUUUCAGAAAGUUUAAGCUACACAAAGGGAACCAUGUGUUCUGCAGUUAGUACCUUAAGCCUUGGGUACAUGCCAGAGAAGAAAAAUGAAUGGACCAGUGCAAUUGUGCUACUUAGCGGAAUGACAACCCAGGCUGUUAGGUUUUAUCGUAUGAAAGGCCAUGUUGGACAGGGAUUAACGAAAAAGGCUCGUGUUCCCAACAUACCUCAUUACAGAGAUUUACGGCUUCAAAAUAGAUGGCAUGAUAUUUGUAAGGCUGUCAGGAGAGAAGAGUAUCCCUAUCAAUACAACCUCUGCAAUUAUGAUAACAAGUUUACAACUGAUUUAAUCGAACUUUGUUGGAUCCGAUAUACAGUAGCACUGAUCAAUUUUGGGGACGGAGUGAAAGGAGAGAAUUUCUCGAGAAAAUAUACCAAGGAGAGGGGACAAAGCAAGGGAAGCCAUGAAAAACAUGUGCACGAGCAACUUCUGAGGCUGACAAACUGUAGAUGGUUACCCAAGUUGCUAAACGCAAGAGUUUUAGCUCCAGAGUGUUUGGUAGGACCGAUGAUAAGAUAUAAAAAAAGCCAUGUACCUGCACCAACCGAUGCAGCUAGACUUCAAGGGAGAGGCAAGGUAUAUAAGUUUGAUGCAUCAGGCUCAUUUCUUUGGUUCAAAAGGCACAACGCCACAUCACCAGCUUCAUAUGGGACAAGUGCUGGAUGCGUGCGCACAUUGUUCACUGCAACAAUAUUCUCAAUGCAACGAUCCAGGUGUGAGGUUGACAAAAUCAAGUCAAAUCCUUUUUUUAGAUCCUUAGAUUCUGAAUUAGGAGGUGUAACUAAUCCCGUCAUGGUCUCAACCUCCGGGAAGUAUCUUUCUGGCUUUGAUCAGUUUGAAAUUUCAAAGGAGGAAAAGAAUCUUAAAAGGGAUAAAGGGAACCAAGGACCUUGGCCGUUUGUGCAAAUGAAUAUUGAAACAAUUUCAGGAAGACUUAAAGCAACAUAUGCUUCUGCGAUGCAGGUUACCAGGACAAGAAUGCAGGCUGAAAGUUUUCACCUGAAGAUAUGGACAAAAUGUUUACUUUGCAAGAAGUGAUGCGAGGAAGAUUAAGAAGAAACCAAGCCUUAUUGCUAGUUUUUCAUAUUUGUAACUGUUUGCUAUCUUCAAAAAUGUGCUUCUAUUGGAAAAAAUGUCUGCGAGGAAGAUAAGAAGAAAAAAUAGUGUGCUUUUAUAUUUGUUUUUUGGUUCUUGCAUUUCUAUUCUUCAUUAUUGGUCAUUGUUUGCUAUCUGCAGAAGGUUGUGCUUCAUAAUAUAAGUUCAUGAAUUUAUCUAACAUAUUAUUAGUAUAGAGCCCGAGCCAGGCAUGGGUGUGCAUAUAAGUUCAUUUUAGAGUUGGUAUGCAUAUAUUGUCUGGUUAUUAUUAUUAACACGAUAUCCAAGGAGAAGCCAAGUUUGCAGAAAUUUAUAAGUUUAGUAGCUUGUUGAAGUAGGGAUGGUAGUUUUACUUGACCCGACGGAAACUCGACUCGUUCCGACCCGAUUAAUCUACCCGAAGCCGAUUUUUUGGAUCUGGAUAUGGAUAUGGAUUUUAUUUUUAGACUCAAAAAAGUUUGGAUCUGGAUCUCAGGUAUUCUGAACCGAGACCCGACCCGAAAUUUGAUUCAAACCCGAUCCGACCCGAAAAUAGAGCUUACGCUAUAUUAUAUAUGGCGUAAACGCUUUUUUAUGACGGCGUAAGCACAGUAUUUUUAUUGAUUUCUGUGCUUUGAUUGCCUUUUUUUGGACAGUUGGAGAUGAGUUUGAUUUUUGUGCUUUGAUUGCCUUUUUUCUCUGUUUUUGCUGUAGUGGCUCGAAUGAUAGUGGGCAACAGUAGGAAUAGAAUUACUGUUAGGCAAAAAGAAGUGAAAGGGGAAAGAAAUGGUGUUCUUUGUAGUCAUAAUUCAAAUGAAGAUCCCUUAGGUAAUGGAUCUCCAGGUGCUGCAACAGUGUCCAGCAUGCUCAAGAGUACUGAUCUCAGCAAGAUUAAUGGGAAACUUUUGAACCUACCUUCCUUGCCAAAUGUUUCUGACUUUCAUAGAUUCAAGAAUGAACUGAAGACAUUUUUGCCUUCAGUUCAUUUUCUUCCUUCAUUCUCUGGUUAGAAUAGAUUGGAGCUUCUCGUGAAUUGUCUGCCAAAACAUUCAAUUGCGUGCCCGGCCAAGAAUUGUAUACUGGUAA